CACGGCCAGGUAUAAAGAAGGCUAAACAGAUUAUGUGUCCCACCCACCCAGAUGCGGCACUGGUGGAGGAUUACCAUGCUGGGGACAUGAUCUGCCCAGAGUGUGGCCUCGUUGUGGGAGACAGGGUGGUGGAUGUAGGGUCAGAGUGGAGGACAUUCAGUAAUGACAAGAAUGCCAAAGAUGCAUCUCGUGUGGGAGCAGCUGAGAACUCUCUGCUGGACGGAGGUGAUUUAUCAACAAUGAUUGCAACCACAUCUGGUACAGAUCAGCUGACCGACGAUUCUGGACGGCCUAUGUACUCUAACAGGAGGACACUGAACAGUUCUGACAGAACCUUGCUGAAUGCAUUCAGAGAGAUUGGUCAGAUGGCUGAUCGCCUCAAUCUUCCCAAAAUGAUUGCUGACCGUGCCAACACCUUAUUCAAGCAGGUGCAUGAGGGAAAAACUCUGAAAGGCAGAAGUAACGAUGCCAUUGCCUCUGCUUGUAUGUAUAUAGCUUGCAGACAGGAGGGGGUGCCAAGGACUUUUAAAGAAAUAUGUGCUGUGUCAAAGAUUUCAAAGAAAGAUAUCGGUCGUGUCUUUAAGAUGAUUCUGAAGACACUUGAGACAAAUGUAGAACUGAUUACAACUGGAGAUUUCAUGUCCCGAUUCUGUUCCAACCUGAAUCUACCCACCAAAGUUCAGAAAGCUGCCACUUAUAUCGCCAGGAAAGCUGUGGAGAUGGACUUGGUCCCCGGCCGAAGUCCAAUCUCAGUAGCAGCGGCAGCUAUAUACAUGGCAUCUCAGGCAUCUGAAGAUAAGAAGACUCAGAAAGAAAUUGGUGAUAUAGCUGGAGUAGCAGAGGUGACAAUUAAACAGUCCUACAAACUGAUGUACCCCAAAGCUCAUGAAUUGUUUCCAGAGGACUUUAAGUUCUUUACCCCUAUUGAUCAACUGCCCACACAGUGAGCAGGAUGUCGUUGAAGCUGGAGAUCACUGAAGCCUGGGGUCUGUGAAAGUUUGGAUCUGAGAAGUUUGGGAUCACUCCAGCAUGUGUCACAGAAGCUAGAGUUCCUGAGUUAUUCUUCAAUGUACCGGUCAUGGAAGCUUGAAGUCAAGACUUGAGUCUCGGAUGCAUUGAAGAUUUCAAACACCAAACUCACAGAGAUACAAGAUUUGAGACACAGAAUUUUGUAACUAAAAACUUUUGGUUCACCAAAUUUGAUGUUUCAAUUAAAGAUUGAAGCCAGUAUGGCCCUAGUACCGUGUCAGUUCAGAAGUGAUUAUGGGGUAGCUUAUUCUGUCCAUACAUAAUGUAACAACCAAUUUAAUGCAGACUGAUGUGCCCCAGCCAGAAAUGUUUUACUGUCAGGUCACUGAACUGGUCAAGGUGACGAGGCAAAAACAACGGACAGUGUACAGUGUAUGCUCCUUGGAAUUUUCCUUACUCUUUGUUUGUAACUACUAUUAUAUUUGCUUAGGAUUUGUCCAUUCGUGGUUACUGUAUGAUUACUGGAAGCAGUAAGUCUGUUCAUUUUAAGGGUCCACUUAGUUCUGUCAUAACAUGCAUGUACAUGUGGUAGCCAGCAGCAUUUGCUAUUGGAGGUUGUACAUGUACAUGUGGUAGCCAGCAGCACUUGCUAUU